AUGCCUCCACGUCGCGAAACUACACCUUUUACAACGCCGCCAACCACUGAUAUAUCUUCUCCUUCUGCUCUGGAUUCUGGAGUACAGAACUUUGCUAUCUACUCUCAGGAUGCUGAGACUAUCCGGACUAGCCUUCGAUUGGAGCUUGCCGCCAAUAUCAUCGAGGAUCAGAAGGCUAUAUCAGGCCGCCUUGGCCUGGAAUUAGUCUCUUCGCAGCUCGUGGAUGAUUGCCAUAGCCAGCUGCUCCGGGACAAAAAGGAUGAUAUUGAGAGCCUGCAGGACAUCGUUGCGCGAGCGGAGAGCAAGGGCGACAACGCGAAGGACGACGCCGCGUUUAAAAUACACAUGUACAAACCUCUGGUCGAUAUCAUCGAGUUCAUUGCGUCCUUCGGAGAGUCCAAGCCGAAACGACGGUGGAUCCACUCCGCAACAUGCAUAACAGGAAAGGAAAUGCCCUACUCCAAGCCCGACUUGAGACUUGGUGAUCCAUCUAGUGAGCUAAAGACUUGGCGAGACCUCGCUGCGUUUGGUGAAGUGAAGCCAAAAGCCGUGCAGGGCAUGGCCCCGGGACAGGCUAUCAAGGCUUCUGAUGCACUCAUUCAGAGUGGCGAUUACGCCCGCCUGCAUCUGGCGGGCUCUCCCUUUCGGCUGUUCUCCAUUGCACUCAUGAUCACCGGCAAUAACUUCCAAGUUGGUAUCUUCGACCGAGCUGGUAUCGUCGUGUCCUCUCCUGCGAACAUGUGGACGGACAUCAAAACCUUCAUCCGGGUCAUCCGUAGACUCACAUGCGAUCUCUCGCAUAUUGAAAUGGGUUGCGACCCGUCCGUCUUCGAACUACCACCCCAUGCCGAAUUGUACCCUUUGAUUCGAGAAAAGGCGAAGUCUUUGGGUGUUCCACGCGAUUCUCUUGACUACCCGUCAUUCCUUGUUCAAUGCCGCAAGCGCAACUCCACGCUCGACGGUAUGGAUACCCGUUCCCGCCCCGACCACGAUCGAGAUGACUGGGAAACCCACAAAUGGCUGACAAUUGGUCCCCCCGUUUGGGUUUCUCUAUCGCUACUUGGACGUGGGACCAGUAUUUGGCGUGUCAUGCCCUAUAAAGAAGGUGACUUCGAUUCCAGCGCCGAGGUGUGUAUCCUGAAGAAUACAUGGCGAAAUAGCCGCCGUGUCUCGGAAUCAGAAAUAUACGAGACAGUUGAAAGGGGGCCCGAUGGAGUCGCCAACUUCCACUACGGUGGCGAUGCUGUCUUCCCAUACACGACUGCUGCCAUCAGCGUUACCAAUAUCCGUCAGGUAAAUUAUCGCGUUAAUCGCAGGGGUCUAACGAAUGUCCCAUCCCAUCGCUCCGUCGACCCCACGCCUAUGUUGCAUCGACUCAUCCUCAAGACUGUCGGACGCCCUCUGUGGGAUGCCGUUGACUACCUUGAUCUUCUGAAAGGCUUUCGUGCUGCGUUGCUCGGCCACGAAGCACUAUGGAAGCAAGGGAUACUUCAUCGCGAUAUUAGUGCUGGCAAUAUACUUCUCGCUGUCGGGGCUGCUGAAGAGGGCAAAGAAGGGUUUAUUACCGAUUUGGAAUUCGCCCGCCUUCGUCAGAUCAGACAAACUCGAACGAGGGUGAACGAUGAUGGCACGGAAACCGCAGCCACAGCAUGGGCUGAUACGGCGCGUGGGCGGUUAAUGACUGGCACUGUCCAGUUCAUGGCCAUAGGAAAGCUUCAUGCAGUUAUUGGUACACAGAGUGUUCCAGGGUUCACCGACCAGGUCCAUCAUGACCUCGAAUCCUUCAUUUGGGUCUUCGCGUACACUGUCAUGCGCCGACUCAUGUCCGAGAAGCGCCUGGACUCGCAAUCUACUAAGCAUAUCCAUAAGUGGUUCAGGGAAUGCUUCUGUAGCUUGUCCCCCUCGGUUGUGGCCUCAAAUCGUGCGGCAUACAGACCUCUCCAGUUGCCCUGUUCCAUUAGCGAUGAUAUCCUUCCCAAGCCCAUCAAGAAACUCCUUGCUUGGUUUGUCGAAAAGAUUCAGUUCAACCAGCGUGCUGUUGAUCUCCUUGAGGAACUAGCAGAAGACGGAGAAGAUGUUGUUGUCAUUGUUCGACCACUCACCCAUCCGACCUUGCUUAGACCUGUAGAUGUCACCAUCUCAGCGUUGAAUUCGCUUCGGCACUGA